AUGUUGUGUCGGAGAUUGGUGCUUGUGCCUCGUAUUCUCCUCCUGAGUCCUGGAGGUACUCUUACAACUCCUUUGCUCUCAUGCGAACGAAGCUUCUCUGGUGGCAGCGAUAGAAGAAAGGUCUCUUCUUACAAAGACAGAUUGAGUAGUGGGAUUGUUGGUAUUAAGAAAGAUGAUGCUGUUGCUCUGUUCCAAACCAUGGUUCGGUCUCGUCCUCUUCCUACGGUCAUAGAUUUCAAUAAGUUGUUUACUGCAGUAGCAAAAACAAAACAGUAUGAUCUCGUUUUAGGUCUCUGCAAGCAAAUGGAACUGAAUCGGAUUGCACUUGACAACUACACUCUGAGUAUUGUCAUCAAUUGCUUCUGCCGUCGGCGUCAACUCGGUUUUGCCUUUUCUGUUAUGGGGAAGACGUUGAAGCUUGGGUAUGAGCCCAACACAGUCACAUUCUCAACUUUGAUUAACGGUUUAUGUCUCCAAGGUAGAGUUUCCGAAGCUGUGGAGUUAGUUGAUCGUAUGGUGGAAAUGAAGGUUAUACCAGAUCUCAUCAUACUUAACACUCUUGUCAAUGGUCUUUGUCUCCGAGAUAGACUCUCUGAAGCAAUGGCUUUGAUUGAUCGAAUGGUGGAUAUUGGGUGUCAACCCGACGCAUUUACCUACGGUCCGGUUUUGAACAGAAUGUGUAAGUCAGGGAACACUGCCUCGGCCUUAGAUCUGUUCAGAAACGUGGAACAUAGAAAGGUCAAGCUCGAUGUAGUCACAUACACUACGGUUAUCGAUAGUCUUUGCAAAGACGGGAGCCUUGACGAUGCACUCAGCCUUUUCAAUGAAAUGGAAACGAAAGGGAUCAAAGCAGAUGUCUUUACUUACACCUCUCUCAUUGGAAGCUGCUGUAGUUUCGGUAAAUGGGAGGAUGGGGCACAGUUGCUGAGGGACAUGAUUACAAGGAAAAUCACCCCAGACACCGUCACUUUCAAUACUUUGAUUGAUAGUUUUGUGAAAGUGGGAAAGCUUACUGAGGCUAAAGAAUGGUUCGAUGAGAUGAUAAAAAGAGGGAUAGGUCCUGAUACCAUUACAUAUAAUACUCUGGUAUAUGGGCUGUGCAUGGAGAACCGCUUAGAUGAAGCCAACCAGAUGCUGGAUCUGAUGGUUAGCAAGGGAUGCGAUCCUGAUAUCAUGACGUUUAACAUCAUUAUAAAUGGAUAUUGUAUGGCGAAACGAGUUGAUGAUGGUAUGACACUUUUCCGGAAAAUGUCAAUGAGUGGAGUGGUUGCCAAUACAGUGACUUAUAACACACUCAUCCAAGGCUUUUGUGAAUCAGGAAAACUUAAUGUGGCCAAAGAACUCUUCCAAGAGAUGGUCUCUCAAGGUGCUCAUCCUAAUAUUGUUACCUACAAAGUUUUGCUGGAUGGGUUGUGUGACAAUGGAGAAUUAGAAAAAGCUUUGGAAAUACUUGAUCAAAUGCACAACAGUAAGAUGGAACUUGACAUCGGUGUCUACAAUAUCAUCAUUCACGGGAUGUGCAGUGCAAGUAAAGUCGCUGAUGCUUGGGAUCUAUUCUGUAGCCUCCCUCUCCGAGGAGUGAAGCCUGACGUCAAAACAUAUACUAUAAUGAUUGGAGGAUUAUGUAAGAAAGGCUCAUUGUCUGAAGCGGGCCUGUUGUUUAAGAAAAUGGGAGAGGAUGGGAUUGCGCCGAAUGAUUGUACGUACAACACACUAAUCCGAGCUCAUCUCCGAGGCAGUGAAAUAAGCAAAUCAGUUGAACUCAUCGAAGAAAUGAAGAGGUGUGGCUUCUCAGCAGAUGUUUCCACCAUAAAGAUUGUUAUGGAUAUGUUAUCGGAUGGUAGAUUGGACAAAAGCUUUCUAGACAUGCUUUCUUAGAAUGCCUGAUCUUAGUUUGCAAGAGACAGUCCCGGUUAAUGUUUUAUGAUAUUUGUUAGCUGAAACUAAGUUUGUUUGUUAACAUCUAAACAGAGCUUGAUGAUAGCCUUCAGUCUUG